UCCGACCCUGGGGCGCAACAACUGUCUCCAUGGCGACGGGGCGCGGCGGGGGGGCCGCGGUGCCGCCGCCCCGCCCCGCAGUACCGAGCCGCGGCGGAGCCGAGCGGAGGACGGCGGAGCGGCGGGGCAUGGGGCCCGGCGUGCGGCGGGCAGCAGCGGAGCUGUCGGCAUCGGAGUGAGCGCUGCCGCCGCCACAGCCCCCAGGGAGAGACCUUGCGCGGUGCCGCCCGGCCCGGCUCGGAUGCCGCCAUGGGGAGCCGCUUCUCCAGCAUCCCCGCUCUGCCCCGCGGCGGCCAGGGCCGCCUGCACCGCGCCCGCCACCACCGUCUCAAAGAUUCCAUAGGUGGAUCAUUUUCAACUUCCUCCCACCGAUGCCACCACAAGCAGAAGCACUGUCUCCCCAUCCCACAGUGUGGAGCUCUGUCCAUCAGCCCUCUGCUUUUCCAUCCUCACACAAAGGGAUCCCAGAUUGUCAUGGACACAACACAGAAGGCAGUGAAGCGCCAGUCUAGCUUCUGCAAUGCCAUUACCUUCAGCAACAGGCCCAUUGUUAUUUAUGAACAAGUCAGACUUAAGAUCACUAAAAAGCAGUGCUGCUGGAGUGGGGCUCUUCGGCUCGGGUUUACUUCCAAGGAUCCAUCGAGGAUUAACCCUGACACUUUGCCGAAGUAUGCGUGCCCUGACUUGGUUUCCCAAAGCGGUUUUUGGGCCAAGGCUCUGCCAGAAGAGUUUGCAAACGAGGGAAACAUCAUAGCCUUCUGGGUGGACAAGAAGGGACGGGUUUUCUAUCGAGUGAAUGACUCCGCUGCGAUGCUCUUCUUCAGUGGGGUGAGGACAGCAGAGCCCCUCUGGGCUUUGAUCGAUGUCUAUGGACUCACCCGUGGAGUGCAGCUCUUAGACAGUGAGAUCAUCCCUCCCGACUGCCUGCGGCCCCGCUCCUUCACCGCCAUCCGCCGGCCCUCACUGCGGCGGGAGACGGAGGACACGCGCCUCUCGGUCAGCCUGUGCGACCUCAACCUGCAGGAGGAGACCUUCCAUGUGACGGCCACCACGUGUCCCAUCCCGCAGAACUCCCUCAACUCCCAGCACUCCCACCUCCUCCCUUCCCAGCUGGAGAGCGACCUCCGCUUCCACCACCUCCGGGGACCCCAUGUUAAAAUCCUCGAUGACCAGACUGUGGCCCGUCUGGAGCACGCGCGGGAGGAGAGGACUUUGGUUUUCACCAGCAGACCCCUUCGGAUCAAUGAAACCAUUUUUGUCAAAAUCAACAAGUCCAACGCUGUGCGCACGGGGACGCUGUCCUACGGGGUGACAUCCUGCGACCCCAGCACCUUGCGCCCCAGCGACCUCCCCUAUAACCCUGAGUCUUUGGUUGACCGAAAGGAGUUCUGGGCCAUCUGCCGAGUUGUGGUGCCCCUCCAGAGUGGAGACAUCCUGGGAUUUAUGGUGAAUUCGGAUGGUGAGCUGCACUUGAGUCACAACGGUGCCAGCAUUGGCAUGCAGGUCUGCACGGACUGUUCCCAGCCCCUCUGGAUGUUCUUCGUUUUACACGGCGCAGUCAUGCAAAUUCGAUUGUUGGGUUCCACCAUAUUAGCAGAGCGGCUGGGACUGUCCACACCAAGCUUGCCCACAUCUUCACCGAGUUCCCCCACUGUCCUCUGCAGCGGCGUCUCUGUCCCUCUCUGCAGCUCUAUCAGUGGCACAGUUCCCAACUCUCCAGCCAGCUUGCCUGAGUCACCCAUCUCCCCGUCCGUCUCAGGGCCUUGGGGAGAUGAAUGUACCAUCUGCUAUGAGAACAUGGUAGACACAGUCAUUUACUCCUGUGGACACAUGUGUCUCUGCUAUUCGUGUGGGCUGAAGCUCAAGAAGAUGGCCAACGCUUGCUGCCCCAUCUGCAGACGGGCCAUCAAAGAUAUCAUCAAAACAUACCGCAGCACUUAGAGCAGCAGCAGGUGCUGUGGUGGGGACUAGGCAGGUGGGGAGAAGACUGUGAAACAACACAGGUCUUGGUCUCUAAGUCAUCAUCCAGGAGAUUCAAAAAACAUCACCCACCACCACCCUGAUCCCCUCUUCCAUGGAACACAGAUGAGACAAGCUAAGACGCUGCUCUUCUACUCUCCAAGCAAGCCCUGGGGCUGAACUCCAGUGUGUCAGGGAAGUUGCGAUGGACCACUCUCCCUUGUGGAUUUUAAUCUUUAUCUCAAAAAAACCCAGCUGGUGCAGUCAUCCCUUUUCUACACCAUGCACAGCAGACAGGAGUCUCCAGUGUCUAGCAAGGACAGCGAGUGGUAAAAGGUUUAGUGCUACACAUCUCCUUCCAGAGACACCGUGUGUACGGAGGACAGCUUAGCAGAAAAGGAGAAACAGAACAAACCUGUUUCCAUGUACAAGCAGCCUGACUAUAGGAAGCUCCUUAAAAAGGAUGAAGCAAGCUUUGACCCAGUGAGGGAGGUGCAGUGAGCGCAUUCACAGUGGAAAGACUGUGGCCAGUGCAGAAAUGGACCCAGUAUUUGUGGAGCAAAACCUGCCCCAUGUCUGCAGGCAGAUGAACAGCCCCUCAGGGCUGUCCCCUGCUGUUCCCUAGCAGAAGCAUUCACAGCGGGUUUGGCAGCCAACACCGGCACUGGCCUUGCUUCCUCCCAGUGGUAUCCAGCCACCUCAUGUUGCCAUCCCGUUGCACGAUGAGCGGCUCUCAAAGCCCACCACCACUGAUUUGUGUGUGGUCUCCACGCAGCACAAGGGAUUCAGCAACAUCUCUGCCCCCAUGGGCCUGCAGCAGAGGGAGAUGUCUCCCCACCUUCCUUCCCCUACCAUCCAGACAGCACUUGUGAGGGAGAAAAUAAAAUAAAAGAGAAAAAAAAAAAAAAACCAAACAAAAACCCCAGCCUCACUGGGGAAGAAUGUAUAAACCCACAUGUCUGCGGGUUUCAUUUACUGGUAACUUCAUCACUGUGCUUCAAGACAAAACCAGCCGGGUGGUACUCAGCCCUUCACAGCCAUGGCUGUCCUUAUGUGCUAGGAAGAAAGGAAAGAAAAAAAAACCAACCCAGCUUGAGGGCUUUGGUUUGUUUUGGUUGAUUUAGAUAAAUCCCCUUCUCUCCUGCCCCUAUUGGGAACCCUGCUGUCCCCAUGGUGGGUGCCUGCCAUGGAAGCCUCAUGGCUGCUGGCCCUUAAGCCUGGUGAAGCAGCAGAAGCUGCCUGUCUCCCCUGCCUUCCAGGGCCAUGCAGGAGGUAGAGACAAUGUCUGGGCCCUGAGGGGUGAUCAGGGCUGGGGCAUAGCAGCAGUGGUGUUUGCCACACCGUAUUGCUCACCAGGUCAGGCUGGAGAAGGUUGUGGAGUUGCACCCCUCCUGCAAAUUCUUUUACUAUGCCCCAGCAUAUGGCCCCUGAUAGGACACAGGGGAACAGCUUGGCAUAGGGAUAAAAGCAUUUAAUGUACACUGCAGGCUGCCCUAGGCAGCAUGUGGGUGAAGGAGCACUCACAGAGGCUGCUCACAAGAGCACCUGGAAAACAUAUCCUCACCUUGUCCUCUUAAGGAAAUGACAAAAGAGGCUACUGGCUGGAGAGCACAUUGUAGAGCCUUUCUCUAAAGGCAUCACCAUCACUGCAGCCUACCACAGGGGUCUGCAGCUACCCCCAGCCCAUCCUGGCGGGCAGAACUAACUUGAACGCUGAUAUUCUGGUUACAGGGAUUUACCUUAUUUCUUUGCAUACCUCUCACGUACCCCCCUAACCCAACCCUGCCCUCCAGGCUGCUGUCAAAAGCCCUGGAUCAUUAUGGGUCCUGUGCCCAGAUGCUCUCACUGAGGGGCGGAAGGAAGCCCAUUUGGCACGAGUUGGGGGCAAUCACAGCAGCCAUGCCGGGAGCAGGCAUGCAGCCAGCCUCCAGCUUACCCCAGGACAGAGCCAUGACCCUCAGAUACAGGGAGCCUGGUUCAGUCGUUAUACAAACUCCAGUGCAAAGCUUUCAGAAAGAAGGAAGCGAAGGAGUGGGAAGGUGUUGAUGAAACAGUGGAUGUGGGGAAACGUGCAAUAAGCAGCCUCCCAAGCCUUGACCACAACAGUGGGACCGGUUCCCCUCCGCGCAGAGCAAGCCAAGGGGUAUAUUUUAUUUUUCCAGAAAAUCCAUCCAUGGGUACCAGUGCAGUGGUGUGAAUUCCCUUUUGAAUUCAGAGUGUUUUAAUAUAUAACUGUGUUUGUUUUACUGUGGACCAAACUCUAGGAGUUAGCAGAAGCUGAAACCUUCCCCAGCAUUCAAGCUAAAAAAGUGGGGUUAAGUCCUGCUCCUGGCAUCAGCUGGCCUCUGUUUGUGAGCAGGGAGGAGGAGAGCAAGGCUCUCUCCAUGGAGAAAAAAACAACAGCAGCAAAAGCAGUAACAAUAACAACAAUUCUGACCUUUUGUUUUGUUUGACUGGUGUAGGUUCCCACGUACCUCCGUGUUCUUGUGUCAUUUGCAUUUCAUUGCUUUACUUUAAGAUGUUUUGUGUUCUGUUUAAAGAGAAGAAUAACUCAUUGUGAAAAAUUGGAUAACUGUGAUUGUGAAUAAAGUUGAUUUAGGUAUCCUGCAGCAGCAUGGGUGACUGAGUGUUUACCCCUUCCACAAGCGUGGCAAAACAUGAUGGGCAGUGCAGCUGCAAGAGGCUAAGGUAAGAGCAACGGUAACAUGAGGGCCUCUUCCCUGGGGGGAGCUGGGUGGAGAGAGCUCAGGCUUUCCUUCAGUGCUUGAGGUUGAGGGCGUGACUCCACAUGUAAGGAAUAAAGGAAGACACAAAAGAAAGCAAGGGUUAACUGCAUUCCUGCGAGCUUAAGCCCCAUGCUUCUGAUCCUCUUCACACCCUCCACAGAGAGAAGCCACAUCUUUACUCUCACUUUGCUUGCACUGUGUUUCCUGAGUGUCUGUAACCACAAGAAAAACUCUCCACCAGCACAAGAAAGAGAAAACAUGCUGUGAGGAAACUGGGGACCAUCAGGGACCAGGUAAGGUGGCUGAAGAUGAGGCAGAGCAGUAGCAAAACAGCCUGGUGUCCCCAUCCCUCCUCUGCAGAGAUCUGCCAGUCCAACACCUGACAGGAGGAUCCCAGCCCUGACUUGAGCAACGUGUUAAAGAAGCGCACCGACAAGCCCAGGUCUGGCCAAGGGAGAUGCUGAGGCAAGAGGCAGAUGCUUCCUGGGCAUGUAUCAAGGGACACAGGGACCCAAAGGGAAUUUGGAUUCUCCAGGGUGAUGUUAGUUUCUCCAAAACCUAAAAGCUCUUCUGCUGCAGGAUCUGCUCAGGAGAGCACUCCUACAACAGCCAUGGGAGAUUUUCUCCUCAACCUUUUGUUUAGCUAUUCAGCAGAUGAAAAACUGGCUGAAUCACUCUCUCUUGUCACAGGACAUAAUUGAGUUGGCAUGUUCUCUGUCAGUGUGGGUAUUCCAUCUGCCGUGGGACAGGGACAUCUCAGGAGAGAUGUCCUCAGCCUCUUCAGCUGAAGCUAUUCCACUUUACAGUUCCUCCAGUGGCCCAGAACUUUCCAGGCUGAGUAAAGCAAAACCACUUCUACAGCCCAGCUUUCUCCAGCACCAUCCUGAGGAGCUCUUAGCUUUUGGGACAGGGCAAGUUUGCGCAUGCCUGUGCUGCAAUCCAAGAGCCAUUCCCAGCUCCUGGUUUCCCGGAGACAGGAGGUCUCUAGUGAGCCUGGAAAGCCCUCUCUGGCCACAGCCCCCUUGUUCCCUCAAGAGCAAGGGAUAGAGCUGCACAACACAGACUCCCCCUAGAAACUAGGACACUGACCUGCCAGCUGUGCUGAGCCCAAGCACUGCCACAGAUUAGGACAUGUGAAGUGCUAAUGCUCUGAGCCAAAACCAGAUCCUUCCCUCGCACCAGCAAGAGGAACCAGGGCAGCAGCACACGAACCCUGUGCUUCCCCUGACAGCCCCAGCCUGUUCAUUCCCUCCUGCAGCUACCAUGUGCAAUAGCCCCAGUGAGCUCUGCAUCCUUAUCUGCUGAGCAUCGCUGGAGUCACCCUGCCCUACUCUCAAGCCAUCACCUUCAGCUCACCAAAUCCAAAACAGAUCUGCAAUUCCACCAUCGCUCCCAAGCUAUUCUCCACCGAGACCAACCAUGGCACAGCAUAGACCUGUCCCGGCGACAAGGCGUCUCAACACCGCAGCUCGCCCGCUGCUUCAGACAGGGACAGCUUCAGGGUGUCCCCGGCCAGCAGCGGCACAGCCCGCGGACCGCGCUGCGGGGCGAGGAGGAGGAUGCUCCGAAAGGGAUCCAGCAGCAGCAGAGCUGGUCCAGCAUCGCCACCUGGUGCUCGGCUCCCGGCACGGCACACAGCUCUUUCAAUGUGCGUGUGUCCCUUUUCUCUCCCUCCCCAGGUUUUUACUCCUUUUCACAAAUACUACAAAUACAUAUACGUAGGACCAGAAAAA